GAGGCGGCGGCGGCGGCGGAAGCGGCGAGGGUGGCGGGCGUCCGGCUCUGAGGCGGCGGCGGCUGCGGCUGCGGACUGGGCUCUGCUGGGAGCGAGCGAGGGUCGGGGGCGCCGGGUCGAGCGCCGAUCCCCGGGCUCGACCGUCCGCCCGCCGCCCGAACGCCUGGGCCGCGGAGUUCGUGUCCCGGCUCGGACCCCGGCGCCCAGCCCGGAGCCGUAACCUUGAGGCGGCGGCGGCGGGGCCGGGCCGGGCCGGGCCGGGGGGCGGCGGCGCUGGAUCCGCGGCGGCCCGAUCGUUGGCGGGAGAUGUCGAACCCCGGGACGCGCAGGAACGGCUCCAGCAUCAAGAUCCGUCUGACAGUAUUGUGUGCCAAGAACCUCGCAAAGAAAGACUUCUUCAGGCUCCCUGAUCCUUUUGCAAAGAUUGUUGUGGAUGGAUCUGGGCAGUGCCACUCAACGGACACUGUGAAAAACACGUUGGACCCAAAGUGGAACCAGCACUACGAUCUAUAUGUUGGGAAAACAGAUUCCAUCACCAUCAGCGUCUGGAACCACAAGAAAAUCCACAAGAAGCAGGGAGCUGGCUUCCUGGGCUGUGUGCGGCUGCUCUCCAAUGCCAUCAGCAGACUGAAAGAUACUGGAUACCAGCGUUUGGAUCUAUGCAAACUAAAUCCCUCAGAUACUGAUGCAGUUCGUGGCCAAAUAGUGGUCAGUUUACAGACACGAGACAGAAUAGGCACUGGAGGGUCUGUGGUAGACUGCAGAGGACUGUUAGAAAAUGAAGGAACCGUGUAUGAAGACUCCGGGCCUGGGAGGCCCCUCAGCUGCUUCAUGGAGGAGCCGGCCCCUUACACAGACAGUACCGGUGCUGCUGCUGGUGGAGGGAACUGCAGGUUUGUGGAGUCCCCAAGUCAAGAUCAAAGACUUCAGACACAGCGACUGCGAAACCCUGAGGUUCGAGGGUCACUGCAGACGCCUCAGAACCGACCCCACGGCCACCAGUCACCAGAACUGCCCGAAGGCUACGAACAGAGAACAACGGUGCAAGGGCAGGUUUACUUUUUGCACACCCAGACUGGAGUUAGCACGUGGCACGACCCCAGGAUACCGAGUCCCUUGGGGACCAUUCCUGGGGGAGAUGAAGCUUUUCUAUACGAAUUCCUUCUGCAAGGCCAUACAUCUGAGCCCAGAGACCUUAACAGUGUGAAUUGUGAUGAACUUGGACCACUGCCACCAGGUUGGGAAGUCAGAAGUACAGUUUCUGGGAGGAUAUAUUUUGUAGAUCAUAAUAACCGAACAACCCAGUUUACAGACCCAAGGUUACACCACAUCAUGAAUCACCAGUGCCAACUAAAGGAGCCCAGCCAGCCGCUGCCACUGCCCAGUGAGGGCUCUGUGGAGGACGAGGAGCUUCCUGCCCAGAGAUACGAAAGAGAUUUAGUCCAGAAGCUGAAGGUCCUCAGACAUGAACUUUCACUUCAGCAACCACAAGCUGGUCAUUGCCGCAUCGAAGUGUCCAGAGAAGAAAUAUUUGAGGAGUCUUAUCGCCAGAUAAUGAAGAUGCGACCCAAAGACUUGAAGAAACGGCUGAUGGUGAAAUUUCGAGGAGAAGAAGGUCUGGAUUAUGGCGGAGUGGCAAGGGAGUGGCUUUAUUUGUUGUGCCAUGAAAUGUUGAAUCCAUACUAUGGACUCUUCCAAUAUUCUACGGACAAUAUUUACAUGUUGCAAAUCAACCCAGACUCUUCAAUCAACCCUGACCAUCUGUCCUAUUUCCAUUUCGUGGGGCGGAUCAUGGGCCUGGCUGUGUUCCACGGACACUACAUCAACGGGGGCUUCACGGUUCCCUUCUAUAAGCAGCUCCUGGGGAAACCCAUCCAGCUCUCGGAUUUGGAGUCCGUGGACCCAGAACUACAUAAGAGCUUAGUGUGGAUACUAGAGAACGAUAUCACCCCCGUGUUGGACCAUACCUUCUGUGUGGAACACAAUGCUUUCGGGCGGAUUCUUCAGCAUGAAUUGAAACCCAAUGGCAGAAAUGUUCCUGUCACAGAGGAGAACAAGAAAGAAUAUGUCCGGUUAUAUGUAAAUUGGAGGUUUAUGAGAGGAAUAGAAGCCCAGUUCUUAGCUCUUCAGAAAGGGUUUAACGAACUCAUCCCUCAACACUUAUUGAAGCCCUUCGACCAGAAGGAACUGGAGUUGAUAAUAGGCGGUCUGGAUAAGAUAGACUUGAACGACUGGAAGUCCAACACUCGGCUGAAACACUGUGUGGCUGACAGCAACAUCGUCAGGUGGUUCUGGCAAGCAGUGGAGACCUUCGAUGAAGAGCGGAGGGCCAGGCUCCUGCAGUUCGUGACCGGAUCCACUCGAGUCCCUCUCCAAGGCUUCAAGGCUUUGCAAGGCUCUACAGGCGCUGCAGGGCCCCGGCUGUUCACCAUCCACCUGAUCGAUGCAAACACAGACAACCUUCCCAAGGCCCACACCUGCUUUAACAGGAUUGACAUUCCACCCUAUGAGUCGUACGAGAAGCUCUACGAGAAGCUGCUGACAGCGGUGGAAGAGACCUGUGGGUUUGCUGUGGAGUGAAGAGCAACCAAAGGCAACAGAUUCUAGCUCAUGACCACCAGACCCAAAGCAUACAGCUUUCUGCGCCUCCCGCGAGACUGGCUGAGGCGUGGGAAUCCUAGAUAACCCGAGAGAAGCGGUUAUCUCCCCUCCUUUUCCUUGGGGGAGCGAGGGGGGUGGGGGGGACUUCGGUUGGUGGCUCCCACCCUUAUCUUCCUCUUUUAUAACAGUGCCCCCACCCCCUGCCAUCACCCAUCCAAUAAAAUGCAGCCAGGUUUAGCAUUUGGCUUCGGUCACACCGGAAAUGACUACGGUUGUGCCACACAUUGUGAGAGGCCUGCUGCCCCGGGGUUCCGGCCGCGGUUACGGAACUGAGUGGCUUGAUGAGGGCCCGUGACUGGUAGCUACACUAGCUAUUCUAGCUCAAAGGCCCCUUUUUUGAGUUCAGCAGCUCAAAUUCCAAAUUUCUUAUUUUGGCAGCCUGCUCUGGGUAGCAGAUUAAUUUCCAACUGAAAGAAAUAACUGUAUAAGAUAUGCUUAUUGGAGGCUGGUGUCAAAGACCAUGCUUCCGUUUUGGAAAGGUAAAGGAAUGGGGGCAGCUUUCAUUGGAAGCCCAGGGUAUUUCUUUUCAGGGUAUCCUGAAAAAUUUGUUUCGCAUAGAGAAAAAUCUUUCCUUUUAAGAAUCCCCUUUGCCUCAUUAUCUAUCCAGUUCAAAAUAUUUUUCCAGUGAAAUCACCACGUAAUGGAGCUUACAAAAGAACAGACCAAAGCCAGCCUUGGAUCCAAGCAGCGCUUGCAAGCUCUGGCACCGGACGUACGAGAGCGUCACGUGGGCCACUUGAAUACUAACCAGCUAUUGCGCGGAGAUUGCUAAGAGCUAAACUAACAAAACAGAAUCCGACUACGGCUGCUGGCUUGGUGCAGACUAGCUUAAAAGGGAGACUGCGGAGGGGACUGGAUUACCUCGGUGACCUAAUCCGCCCCAGUUACUGUUUUCCAGAAAGCAGGGUGUGGCUGUAACCCUGUGACAGCAGAGGGACAGUUCUAGCCCUGCUCAUUCAGCUUGUCGCCACGUCAGAUGGUGACACUAACAGCUGCUACUCUGUUCACCUGCCCAGAUGUCUUUGUAUGAUGAGCGAGGCCAAAGCAAGACUGGACCCUAAAUUUCUAAUGCCAUUUUUCAAUUUGCACAGAGGUUCAAACAGUAUUUUAACAAAGUGGCAUGAUUUCAGAUGGCUAAAUUUCAGUGACAAAUGGCAGCAGCAACAUAAGAUUUCUUUGUUGUUGUUUUGGGGGUGCUAUGUUAGCAAGGCAUUUCACCGGUGGUCAAGUUCCGAGUUAAGUGUUGGGAUCUGGCCACGGGGUGAGAUGGGUUUGGAAGAUGCUUUGGUUGUUUCCCUGUUCUCUUUGUUACGAGUACCUUUUGGCUGUGGUGGGCUUGGAGACAUACUUACCUUCUGCCACUCACCCCUGUUUUGCUUGUCCCAGAAGCACUUUGGGUUUCAGUUGGGUAGUGCGCAGACCUCUUAGCGGAUACAAAACACCUGGACAAGAGGUUUGCUCAGUUUGGGCCCCGAAUUGCUGACUGUGGUUCCAAAAGCUUCAAGAGCCGUGUUUCUGGGCUACUUAGCAGGUUAUAGCGUAGAAGGGAUGUCAAGGGGAUUUGUUACAGAAGGAAAAUUUAUGAAUGGAUUUAAGUCUAGGCUAAGUUGUGGGCUUAGUCUUUGGAAAAUUCUGCCUUGCCCCAGUUGGGUUCAUCCUGUGUCUCACUUGCCAGGAUGCUUUCUGAAGGUAUUCUAGAAACUGGCUCCUGAAUGACUGCUUCCAGGCUUCCCUGGUAGAGUGAAGAAAAAUACCCACCUCUCCCCAGUUACCUCUCCUCUCUACCGUGAACCUCAGUGUUAGGAGGAGGAAACAUCGGUCAGGGAACUGAAAGGACCUCAAGAGGGAGAUAAGAAGGACCACCUGACUUCUGUAGUGCUGUCCCAAACCUGCAGUUACUAGGAAAGAAACAAAGGUUUAAAAGACUUUGAAGCAGAAAUGUAUUUGGUUCCUUUAAAACUACCUUUUUGCUGUCAAGAGUCGGGGGAACGAGCCUUAGGAAUGGCAGCUGCCAGCCCUUGCUGCUCUCGAGUGUCAGGUAUCACCUCAGCAAGAUCUAGGUGGUGGUGUCCCGGAUCCUCCAGGCCUGGGUCUCUGCUUUACCACUUGUGCUGGCGCAUGGGCCCCCUCAUUAGUUGAGUGUUAUCAUGGCAUCUGAAAGCAGAGUUUUCCAGAGCUCCAGUUUACUGUGAUCAAACAGCCCUUUCUAGAAGCACUGCACUUCUAGAACCUUAACAUCAGCAGUGGCUGGGCCUUACAAGCCACCCUAAAGAACAGAGUGUGGAAAGCAAAUGGUAAAGCUUCCAAUUGCUCCACUUUGGGUCUGUGUGCGCCUCGUCCACAUGUUCUAACCAUUGCCCUGUGCAGCCAUCCCAGAACACCCCCCCAUCCCUCCUCACCUCUCAGCCCAGAUGCUUCAGGGGCCCGGUGUUCAGGCUAGCCUCACUCAGUGGUCAUCAGCCGACCCUCAGGGAUGCAGCAAGCCGCCGCUCUGCCAAUCUGCAGCUCGGGGUGACUAAAUCGAGCUCUUGUGAUUUCUGAAAAGAGAAUCUCUUUGCUAGAUGGAAUUGUGGCCCUGAAGCUUGCUCCGCUGCAUGGCCCGAUUCAGGUUAGGUGGUCCUCAAAUCUGAGCUGUCAGGAGUGGCCUUCUGCAGAGAAAAUGCUCCCCUCCCCCAUCUGCAGCCAGGCGUGUGCCAUGUGGCAGCCUUCCCGAAACAUAGUAUGAAUUUUUAAGAUUUGUUUAUUUUUGUUUCUCAACCACUUUAUAAUGUAUUUUUUAAUUUAUUUUGUAAUGUCUUGUUUUUAAGUGUUGCUGCUAUCCUUGUUAUCUUCCCACUGUUUUUAUUGCUGAUUUAUUUUGUGAAAGUUGUACACUAAUGUUCUGUUUUAUGUCAAAAUCAGAAGUAUUUAAAGAAAUACUAGUUCUAUUUAAUGUGGUUAUGGAACCAGCUGGAAACACAAAACACAGUGAUUGUACAGCAGGCUGGACCCGGGAGGUCAGGUUCAUUUUGUUACAUAUGCAAUAAACUCACAACUUUACAUUUUUGGUGUCUGUUAUUUUGGUGUAGAAAUGAGAUUCCAGUUUCUUUACCUUCCCACAAGACAGGAAGUCAGUGGUCAGAAUUACCGGCAAGGCCUUUGAAGGAGAGCAGACAGGCUUGGGAGAGAAUUGAAGAAACAAAUGGGAACAUGGCAGGCAGAGUCUCUAGCAAACACAGGCUGUGGAGUCGAGAAAGCUC